AUGUUCAAGCAUCUGCUUCGAUCGAGUUAUAUAUUAUGUAAUAUUACAAGAACCGUAAGGGUAAGCACGAAUUUGAAGCUACGAGAACAGCGGAGGGACCCAAGAAAAAGUUUCGUCGAAGCGUUUCAUUACAUCCUGCGAAGAACGAGAAUGGAUAUCGACCGGAGGAUAAAAGAGCUCGAGGAACUGUUUACGAAAACUGGAAAGGAACUGAACGAGAUAGUGAAGAAGAACGAGAAAUUCGUGGCGGAGGAAAUGCAAAGAGUUCAGAAAGCUAUUCAGGGAACGACCGAGGUAUUCCAUUGGGGCUGAAAUAAAUUAUUGCAGGUAUGCUCGAAGAAGCAGACAGACCGUCUACAGGCCGUCCAAAAGUCCUAUGAACGCAAAAUAAAAAUCUGCAACGACAAGGCUGCGUUAGGGCUUCGUGCCGCGAAGACAAAGUACGACCAGGAGAUAGAAACAGCGGAGAACAUGAGGGUCUCGAUGAAACGGAUCCUGAAGGAAUGCCUGGACACCGACGAGUUCAUCAAAUGCGUGGCGAGCAGAACAAAGGAAGCCGCUCGACAACGAAAGGAAAUCGCGGAGGGGUUGACGGUCACCGUGAAAAAUGCGGAGCUCUCCACCGCGGAGCAAUUGAAGGAGGCUGCGCAAUGCCACGCGGACGCUCAAGUCGAGGUAUUGAAGGACCUGCAGCAGAUAUUGAAGGACACGAAGAACUGCGUCUCCAAGGGUAAAUAA